AUGGCGAAGAGCAAGGGGGUGGCGCUGGCGCUGCUGCUCUGCCUGAGCAGCGCGGCCGUGGGCGCGUGGGCUCGCCCGGUCGCCACCAAGGACGCCGCCGCCGCAGCCGACGAGAAGUUCCUGUGGCUCAAGAAGCACUUCGGCAAGGGUGCUGGCUUGGGCGGCGGUGGCGGCGGCUAUGGUGGCGGGGGAGGCGGCGGAGGCGGUGGCGGCCUUGGUGGAGGGUACGGGAAAGGUGGCGGUCUCGGAGGUGGCAUCGGCCAUGGCCUUGGUGGUGGGUACGGCAAGGGUGGAGGCCUUGGUGGCGGGAUCGGUCAUGGCGUUGGCGGCGGGUACGGCAAGGGUGGCGGACUUGGAGGCGGCAUCGGCCAUGGCAUUGGUGGAGGCUACGGGAAGGGCGGUGGCCUCGGCGGUGGCAUUGGCCAUGGAUUGGGCGGUGGAUAUGGAAAGGGCGGCGGUCUCGGCGGUGGCUAUGGAAAGGGCGGUGGACUAGGAGGCGGUAUUGGUCAUGGCAUCGGUGGAGGCUAUGGCAAGGGCGGCGGCCUUGGCGGUGGGCAUGGCAUGGGUGGCGGCUUUGGCAAGGGUGGUGGUAUCGGCUCCGGCGGUGGCUACGGCGGCGGCUUUGGCAAGGGUGGUGGCCUCGGCUCCGGCGGUGGCUACGGCGGCGGCUUUGGCAAGGGUGGUGGUCUUGGCAGCGGCGGUGGAUAUGGUGGCGGCGCUGGCGGUGGCUCCGGCGGUGGUUUCGGCAAGGGAUUUGGCUUUGGGUUUGGCAAGGGCGGCGGGUUCGGCGGCGGUGGCGGUGGCGGUGGCGGUGGCGGAGGCGGCAUUGGCAUCGGUGGCAAGCACUGA